CCUCUAUCUCUCCUCUCAUCACCUCUCUGCUAACAGAACCAGAUACGCCUCCUCUUUCCCUGUUUCCUCUUCUCUUCUCUUCUCUUCUCCUUUCUUCACCCUCCCCUCUCACUAACGCUCUAGGCAUUCCACUAUUACCCUCAUCCCCUCUGAACUGUUUUCUGCCUCUCCUCUUUGUUUCUGUGAAGCAAAGGACCUCAUUGGCGACAGAGAACAACCUAGAUUUGCUCAAAUCCAACGUUAGCAACCAUUCUCAGAUGGAAGCAAUGAAUACAUCAUUUCCACAUGUCACGAUUAGGGGACCAGAAGAAACCAACGGCAAUGCUGCUGAAUUGGAGGAUUUCAAGCGUUGUGUUGAUGAAAUGUUCACAAAGGUUGAUGAGCUUGAGGAACAAUUGAACAAAGUUGAACAGUUCUACUCUAUCUCAAGUAAAAAGCAAUUGAACACUUCUAAAGGUAGCUCAAUUAUGAAAGACAGAGAUAAGGAGAAACAGAUUGCUUGUUUCAAAAAGCGGCAGCAGGAUGCAUCACAUAGAGAAGCAGCUGCUGCAAGGAGAAUGCAAGAACUUAUACGUCAAUUUGGCACAAUAUUACGUCAGAUCACUCAACACAAGUGGGCAGGGCCAUUUAUGCAACCCGUGGAUGUUGUAGGUCUUGGUUUGCACGACUACUAUGAGGUUAUUGAGAAGCCCAUGGACUUUAGUACUGUUAAAAAGAAAAUGGAGGCCAAGGAUGGUACUGGAUAUAAGAACGUCCGAGAAAUAUGUGCAGAUGUGAGGCUGAUUUUUAAGAAUGCUAUGAAAUAUAAUGAUGAAAGGGAUGAUGUCCAUGUGAUGGCCAAAACUUUGUUGGCUAAAUUUGAGGAAAAGUGGCUGCAACUUUUGCCGAAAGUUGAUGAAGAGGGAAAAAGGCGAAAAGAGGAGGAAGCAGAGGCACAUUUUGAUACACAGCUUGCUCAGGAGGCUGCUCAUGCCAAAAUGGCUAGGGAUUUAAGUGCUGAGCUUGAUGAGGUUGAUACGCAUUUGGAACAACUCAGAGAAAUGGUGCUUCAAAAAUCCAGGUUCAUUUUAAUAUCUUAAACAGAUUUUCAACUUCAUUGGUUCUCCUUUAAAAUUAUUAGCUCUAUUGAUAUGGAUGGUGUGCAAUAGUUCCCCAUUAAUCUUAUCUAUGUCAUUUUUAUGGUCAUUUCUUUAAUAAGGUUUCUUGGGCAUUGAGAAAUUUCAACCAUCUUUCAAAUAUGCAAAUGAUUCGGUAGAAUUAGGGAGACUUCACCUUGUAGGCUCUCAAGAAAACCAUGGUUCCUCCUGUAAUCUGGAUCCAUAGAUGGUAAACAUGGUCACAACUUUUCUUGCAAAGGUAGCUACUGUUUUUUUUUUUCAAAUAGGUGUCUUAGGGCUUUUUUUGCAUUUGUAGAAUUUAUUUCUUUUUUCAUAGCCAAUUCUGAUACUAUAGUAUGCGUUACUUUUUCCUCUAUUUUUGGGUGUUCCUAAUCUGACAUCUCCUAUGUGUGUUUAGUUCUGAAACUGACAUUUGGAUUGCUGUAUCUUCGCAAUACAGGUUGUUUAUCACCAUCUAUAGCAACAAAAAACUUUGAACUGGUUAUAAAAUACUUGAAAGGGAGUUGACAUGGAGGCCUACUUCUUGUUAUCUUAAUGUCUCCAACCUAGAGACCAUUCUGCAGUGCUAAAAGCUUGACUAUCAGACCAUCAAACAAUUUUGUUUAUUAGGUCAGUUAGUUUAUGUGAUAAGAACACUUGAUAGGUCUAUGCCUGGUUCUCCUCCCAGCUUGAUCCAACAUUGACUGGGGUCAGCCCUUGUUAAUUGCCUUUAUUUAAAUAUUUCCUAUUCUAAGACUAUUAAUAAUUAAUGUCAUCACCAUAUAUAAUCCAAUGGCUCCAUCAAUAUCUCUGAAUUUUCGGAACAGUUAUUCCCUUUCUUUUUUCUUACUUUGGAGUUAUGGAGAUUAGUAAACUUUGAUGCAAUUGGUAAUAUUCAUUUGUUAAUCCUUGGUUUGGAUGAACUUCAAAAUGUGAAAAGUCUUAAAUCUUGUUGACAUUAGUCAAUGAAAACUGCUUAAUUGACAUUUUCCUAUUCACAAGUGUUGAUUUCUUUCAUAUGUUACUCUAGUUACUCUGUCACAAUAUCGAGCACAGGUAGUCACAAGUAGUUGGUGCAAUUCUAAAAUCAUGCUUAUUUUGUGUAUGGUUCAAGUGAGGGAAAAUCACAACUGACUGUGUCAUUUUAUUUUCCAUUCAUGACUGCAUUGCCUUGUACUACAAAAGUUGAUUUUUAAAGAACUAUUUCUUGGGCCAGCAGUCUCAUGUAGUCAUAGAUGGCCAAAUUCUUAUAUAUUUAGUUCACAGUUUGCGAAACACAUAUACAUCACUAUGUAAGGUCCCUUUAUGGAACUGUUAGCAACUUAGCAUGGAGUGGGAAAAUGGUACAUCAAUAAAGAACCUCAAAUUGAGCUGAGAAUGUAACAACAUUCCAUAGGAUUGGGCCUUAGACUUCUCCCGGGGAUUCAUUUAUGGCUUGCACUAUUUAGACAUGCAUUAGUAUCAAAAGAUGUGCUGAGGAUGAAAGUUGAUAAUAUGGGGUAUUAUAUUGUAGUCAUUACAAUAGCUAGAAAAUUGCAAAAUAGAUAUUAAGUGGGUGGUAUUUUCUCUAAGAUUGCUAACCAUUUAAUAUCGUCAACUGCAAUAUUGGAUCGCUGGUGUCAUUUUGGCUAUGGUAAGUGGCCCGGUUGAGUUACAAUUUCCUUCAAUAUCAGUGCAGCACGGUUUAUAUACAUAGGAUGCUAGUCAUGAAAAUUGUGUAUCUUACACAUUCUAUUUGCAUCUGCAAUAUAUGCUUACAUUGAAAUACACAGUACCCUUUGAGGAUAUGAGUGAGACUGACCCAACUGUGUACUCCAUUAUUUUAGUAUCCCUGUAUUAAUAAAUGCUAAGUGUGAAAUGAUUCUUUUAGAAAAAUGACUACUGAAGAGAAAAGAAGACUUGGGACAGCUCUCACCCGUUUGUCUGCUGAAGAUCUAAAUAAGGCACUGCUAAUUGUUGCUCAAAAUAACCCAAGCUUCCAACCAACGGCUGAAGAGGUGGACCUUGACAUGGAUGCUCAGGUCAUCAUUUUUCCUCCACCACUUCGUCCGUCUGUCUUUCAUAGAUGCUUACACUCUUUAUGUUGUACACGACAUGAGUCAUUGACUGUAUCGUGUGCUUUCUGCAGACUGAAUCCACGUUGUGGAAGUUGAAGUUCUUUGUGAAGGAUUCUCUGGAGGUUCAGGGAAAAACUUCUGCAAGCAUGGGUGGUGGCAACAUCAACAAUAACAUUCCCACGAAUCAAAACAAUAACAACAAUAACAAUAAACGAAAAAAAGAGAUUUGUGAUGCUCUUGCCAAGACUUCUCAGAAAAGGAGCAAAAAGGUCUCCUCUUAAUAGGCAUUACAGCUUUUGUUUUAGUUAGGUUAACUGUUUGUUUUGUUGUAAUUAGUCGUUUCUGCCACUGAAAAUUCCUUACGGUACGGAGGUGGUUCUUCAAAUUAUUAGCAAGUCGACUGCACAUUGUGAUCCUUACGAGUGUGUGUAGGCAAAGAAAGAGAGAAGAGAGAAGAGAGGGAAAGAAAAGAAAG